AUGAACUCGGCCCUGCACUCCGGACUUGCAAACGAGCACCUCCGGAACGCGAACCUCGUGCUGGACGAGCUGAGCCUCAAAGUCGACAUGCUGCACGAGUCCUCGCGCGACCCGCCCAGUCUACAUGGAAUACCGCCAGUACUGCCGCACCGGCGAGCACCUGGGGCCUGCAAAUUGACGAGUGCGGCGCGCCUCGCACGUGCGUUCCUGUUCCAGAUCCACCGCGCCCAUCUUCCGCACGUCCUGCGCCAGCGCGUCGACCCCGACCACCUGGUCUCCACGGAGAAGAAGCUGUGCGGCAUUGAGCGGGACGGCACAGGCGGCGGCUACAAGCUGGAAUUUCAAGACGGCACCGCGACCGCCGCCGACAUUGGUCGUCCGUCGGGUGCGACGGCAUCGAGAUGCUUGCGUCUUGGCCAUCCAACGACCUUGAUGCGGCGCUGCGAUUCUUUCAAGACUUGCCGCAAGCCCCGCACGGACAGGAUCACGGCGCAGACGAGCUACGGGACCGGGAAGAUGGCGAGCGCGGACAUGGCCGAAGAUGAAUGGACGACGACAUUCGAUCCGGACGUGCUGCGCGAGCGGAUGAAGUGGGUCGUGGAGUAUUAG